AUGUCACUCUUACCUACAACUGACAACACAGUAACUGAUGAUGAUGCGAAUGACUUGAUGAAUUCACCGUUUGAACCACUAGGAACCUGUUGUGACACUCAGGACCUGAAUGCUGAAUUGAGAAACCUUCAGAAAAAUUUUUCUUCAGAUCAAAGAGCAAAGUUGAAGAUAGACGAAGAAGAUCUUCUAAAUGACGCCAUGGCGUACUAUAAAGAUCAAGAUUUUGACCCAAGAAAGAAGCUACGAAUCGUGUAUAGUGGACAGCCAGCGACAGACACUGGGGGGGUCAUCCGUCAAUUUUACACACAACUACUGAAAGUGAUUGCAGACACCUUUUUUCAGGGUGAUACAUACCGAAGUCCAGUUUAUAACUGUGAUAUGGUUGCAUCAGGUGUAAUGAAGCUGGUGGGAACAAUCAUCGUACACAGUGUGCUACAGGGAGGACCCGGGUUUCCCAUAUUCAGCCCGGGAGUCUACAAUUACCUGGCCAAAGGUAAAUUAAACGAAGUCGUGAAAGCAAUCACCAUAAAAGACUGCUCAUCUCACAAUUGGAACAUUUCAUAACCAAGGUAAUGGAAAACAAAACCUACAUUUAACUUUGUUAAAAUAUUUUAACAAAGUAUCUGGAGACUAUGCUAAUGAACUCUUACUCUGAGCAAACACCUAUAAUGCUAACCAGAGGAUAGUGAUUGAGUUGGCCUGGCAAGCUGUUAAGUAUAUGGGAAGAGUUUUUCAUUGUGUGGGAAAGUGCCCUAUUCUAGUGCAGUUAUAUAAUAAUGACAUGGAAGGGAAAAAUAUUUUGCUUAUCAAAAUAGGAGCUAUGGAGUUCUGUUUCUGACCUCUCCUGUCAGGUGCAUAGUUAGGCUAGUUGAGUAAUGUUAAGAAGAUAUACAGCUGCAUUUAUUUGCUUCCAGUUAUAGAAGAUGUGACAAAACAUCUGAAAGCUGUCCAGUCUAGGGCCCUCACAUUUUAUAUGUUCCCUAAUACUAAUACUGAAUGAAGGCAGUAUCAAAAGGAUAUGUGAAACUUUUUACCACAAACGUAUGUUUUUUUUUUGUUAAUUUUUUUUUCUUUUUUUUUAAGGUUGCAGAAGUUGCUGAUGUAUCUGAACUUGACAAAGAGGAGACGACCAGUGUUCUCUCAGAGAGUGGACUUCCCAUGACAUUAACUGUAAGUUUGUAAAUGUUGUGAUGGCAUUAUUGGGUCAGUCAAGGUUUCUGGGAUUCUGACCACCUUCCCCUCCCCUAACCUAACAUUUUGCCUUAAGUGAGAAGUUAGUGUUAACGUUGGGUUAGGGGAGGGGUAGGUGGGCAGUUUCCCAGAAACCUUAACUGAUCCGCUUUAUUUUUAACAGCAUAUUAUUAACAAUAGUGAAAACUCGAUAUUGAUAGAAAAGUAUUUUAAAACUUACACACUCAAUGUCUGAUCAGGAGAGAAGCCAUUCAAAAGCACUUUCAAGCUUGCUCGACAGUGAAGUGAAAUUCACAAAUAAUAAAAAAAAAACCACCAAACAGUUUAAAAGAAGAGAAGCAAAAAUAAAUAUUUUUUUAGAUCAGGCCCCAGUUGCUCAAAAGGUGAUUAACCGCAUCCACUGGUUAAAUCACCAUCCAGUGAAUAAAUAAACAGUGAGAAACAGAUUAAAAAUAAGUAUUCUAUACAACAAAAUAAAUUUAAAAAUAUCUAAAAUACAGAUCCUUACAAGUUACAUAAAUUGGAUAAAACGACAACUAAUUAAAAAUAAUUUUCAAAUACCUAAAAUCUGAAUCAUUGUUAUAAAUAAAAGAGCAGUCUUUUUUGAAAUUGAUGCCCCUUAUGACACCUUUUUAAAGGUGUCAUAAAAUUAUUUUAAAUUAAUUAUUAAAAUUAUUGUGGACUGCACUAUCCAUCAUUUGACCAGCUUGGGACAGAUGCAUAUGUUUUCAUGAAGAGAACGGAUUUACCUGCAUGUACAUCCAAAUGUUGCAAUCUCCUUCUCAAGGAUAUUGUUACCUACAACUACAACUUACAGGUCGUUGACCAGUUUCUUACUGUAUUAUUGUUGUUCUGUGAAUGUCUUUCAGAAUGAUAACAAAAUGCGAGUCAUCCAAAGCCUUAUUGUACAUGAUGCCAUUGGAAAGCCCAAAAUACUUUUAGAUCAACUAAGGGAAGGGCUUCAGACUCUGGGAUUCGUGCCCAGAAUGCAAGUAUAUCCUGAGCUUUUAAAAGAGCUAUUUGUGGCAGGAGAAAAGGAAAUGAAGGGUUCUGACAUCAAGGAAAUAUUGAUGUUUCCAUCAGAGAUGAGUGAUGCUGAAAAAACCGUCAUGGAGCACAUGACUGAGUUCAUAGUUGGUGCAAAACCAGAUAUUCUAAAGGCAUUCCUCACCUUUGCUACUGGGGCACCCUGCUUACCAGAGUUUGGUUUAGGAAGGAUCAGGAUCGAAUUUGAGGAUGCUGGUUCCAUUUUUUUCCUCUACUUGUACAAAGAAUGUAACCUUGCCAAGAAAUUUCCCUGA